UUCCGACCGCCGAUGCCUUCACCGAUGACCAAAAGGCUUGGUACACCCACAAGCCUUCUGGCGUUGCUCAAAUAUUAUGGAGAGGAUAUUCCUUUGAGAAUCCGAUUGCUGGUGAAAGGUGGCAAUCGUCGGCGGUCGGUGUGGCACCCUAUAUAAGUGGCCUCGUUUCAGCUGAUUGUAAACAUCACUCUCUUGCCUCUCGACCAUCCGUAUCCUCACUUGCCCCAACUUACAGCUCAAGCACACAUCCUAUAAGGAUCCAAAAGAGCACCGAAAUCACUAGCAUCGCUGCUACUAAAGCAGAACCCUCAUAUCCCAUCCUCUUCUCGCGCGAGAUUGACUUUACAGGACCUGAGGCCGAUAGCACCCCUGGCGUCAUAGAUAAUACCUCGAAUGCCGAUCAUUUGACUUCAAUUAUCUUUGACGCAGAGGUUGAUACUGAGGCCACAGCCUCUCCUCGUAGUACCAAACGAACAAGCACCUCAGCGUCGACCAUCCCUAUCGUCGUCCCUCUUUCAGAAACCUACGAGCCACAAUUACCUUCCUCGACCAUUACGUCGACAUCUAACGAGCCCACAUCCACUCCGACUCCGAAUUCGUCGUCGAACGUUGUCGAGAUGCCUGUCUACGUCGUCCCAGUUGAAGCCGCUCCUCAGAUGCUCGAGCAAAUGGCGUCCAUCUCCAUUAGCAGUGAUAUCAGCACCUCUUCGAAUAUCCCUGAUGCCACAAGCCUCCCUAACCUCAAAGCGACAACCCACACGCUUGCCGCACCUUGGAACACGUCGAGUAGCUCCCCGGACAACAUUCUGUUCAAUACAAAUAUCCAAAUUUUGAUCAUCGCACUCUCACUCAUUGCCCUCACCAUCGUCGCCGGCCUCUUUUACACUAUCCGCUUCUACUGGAGGAGGUAUCGCCGAACCCGUACCGAUGUAGCCACUACAGCCACGAUCACAGAUGACCAAAUUAUCGACCAAGAAGCUGGUCUCGACAUCAAAGAGUCUCCCGAAGUGUUUACGGACUAUAAGCGAGGAACAGCUCCAGUUGGAUUAGAGUGGCAAAUCCGAGAGAUGAGAGAAAAAGUAAAAGCUUCCAAGUCUCCCAAGGCCAGACCGACGUCGUUUAAACCAAGGGACCGUGUCGUCUCGGCUCCUGAAUACUAUACUCCACGAAAAUCUCAACGAGCUCAGUUCGCAGCGUUCGUAAAGAGUCAAGAGGAUGACGAUUCAUCUUCGAUAUUCGACUACUACUUCAAUAUUUCUCCUACCGGAGAUGAUGCUGAAGUCGAAAAUACCUCUCGCAAGUCACUAGAUAGCUCGAUGGAGAAGGAGAAGCAGGCGAGCACUCCAUUGUUUGAACGCGGUGAUUUGGCUGGGCAAGCCAUCAAUGGUGAGACACAUCAGCAUUCUCUCCUCCUUGUCAUACUUAUCGUUAUUCUAUAG